CAUUUGAAAGUUACCAGUAUUCCCGGGGUAAACCCAAAAACAUAAGCUAUCCGUCAUUCCGUCCCAAUCCAUCCAAUGUAUAGCCCAAGUCUUCUUCCUCCGCUUAACACAGUAGAAAACUAGAGAUGGAUUGAAGGGAAAAGAUGGCAGGCAAGACAUUUAAUUAAUUAGAUUUCUUUGUUUUCUUUUGUACUUCUAGGUUUUCUCCUAAUCAAUAAUGAGCGCAGGAGGCAAAUCAGGCAAUGGGGAAGAAGUUGCGGUUUUGUUGUUUUGGGGAGGGGAAAUCAUAAAGAAGGGAUAUCUCGGCUCCGUCGAUUACUCAGAUCCGCCAAAAACGAUGUGUUUCUUGAGCCGCCACAGUGAUCAUGGGGAUCUCGUGGAGGAAGUGCAUUCGGCAAUGAACACCGAUGAAGAGGAAACGACUUUGGAUCUGUUCGGGAAGUAUCCGACAAAGAUAGACGGUGAGAAAUUGGUGUUCGUCUCUAUUCCGCUUACCGAUGAUCGAUCGUGGAGGUGGUUUUUGAAGUCGAUGGAUCUCUCCCAGCCCAUUCAUGUGUAUGCCAUCGCCACCGGAAAGAGCAUAGCACCAGAUACUGAGCGGCGCUACCCCAGAGCGCGUGAUUCAAGGAGCGUGCGGGGGAAGAGAAGCGGAGGCGCGUGCUCGUCCUCGUUACCAAUGUGGAUCUUUGUUAGGGCCCUGUCCGGGAAGACCGUUCCCUACAAGGUCGAAUCAUCGGACACCAUUGCUGAAUUGAAGGAACAAAUAGCGGAUACCGAAGGCUUUCCGCCCGACCAGCAGCGUCUCAUUUUCGCGGGAAGGCAACUGGAGGACUAUAAGACGCUUGCGGAGUACAACAUCCAGCCGAAUUCCUAUAUCCAUUUCGUCCAAAGGUUAUGCGGUUGUUAGUUGAUGUGAAUGUGUCUACCUUCUCAAGCACCGGCCAUUGAACCUUUCCUUUAGCUAUCUCAGAUGUGGAGCAUUUAGUUCAGUUUUGUUUUUGGUUCAUCGUUUUGAAUCGUUUCCUGGAGAAUGGAUUGAAUGCUGCAUUGGUUUUUCUUCUCAAACUUUAGGUAUUGAUAUUCAGCUGGCUGCAUUGACACAAAGGGGCUAUCUAUCAUUAUAAUUUGAUGAUCUAUAAUCAUCAAUCAUCAUUACAAUGACGAAUGUAUCAGUUUAAUUGGCAUGCGCUUAUGUUUAUAAUCAUUGCUUAUUAUGCUGGUAUACUAAUGGCCUAAAUUCGUAUAAGUUUUGAACUGUGAACUGUUCAUCCCUUCUCAGCAAUGUGGGGCAAAAGAAGCAAAAUCUAGACUUAUAUGAAGCAUAUCAAGAAUC